UGUGGGAGCGUCGUCCGCCAGAGCUGUUCGGUUCGCUCGCGAGAGUUUGAAUGAAAGCACCCCAAGAUGGCAGCCGGGGCCCAAGCGCGAAGAGUGUGGUGUGUUCCUUGCCUAGUUUCACUUGAUACUCUUCAGGAAUUAUGUAGACAAGAAAAUCUCACAUGUAAAUCGAUGGGAGUCACCAAAAGGAAUCUAAACAAUUAUGAGGUGGAAUACUUGUGUGACUACAAGGUAGAAAAGGAUAUGGAAUAUUAUCUUGUAAAAUGGAAAGGAUGGCCAGAUUCUACAAAUACUUGGGAACCUUUGCAAAAUCUCAAGUGUCCAUUACUGCUCCAGCAGUUUUAUAAUGACAAGCAUAACUAUUUAUCUCAGGUAAUGAAAGGCAAAGCAGUAAUUCCCAAAGACAACGACAGAGUUUUAAAACCUGCGGUUGCUGAGUAUAUUGUGAAGAAAGCUAAGCAAAGGCUAGCUCUGCAGAGAUGGCAAGAAGAACUCAACAGAAGCAAGACUCAUACAGGAAUGAUACUAGUUGAAAAUACUGUUGACCUGGAGGGCCCACCUUUAGACUUCUUCUACAUAAAUGAGUACAAGCCAGCUGCUGGGAUCAGUUUAGUAAAUGAAGUUAUCUUUGGUUGUUCAUGCACCGAUUGCUUCCAUGAGAAAUGCUGUCCUACAGAAGCUGGAGUGCCUUUUGCUUACAAUAAGAACCAACAAAUCAAAAUCCUACCUGGCACCCCCAUCUAUGAAUGCAACUCAAGGUGCCAGUGUGGGCCAGAUUGUCCCAAUAAGAUUGUACAAAAGGGCACGCGGUAUUCACUUUGCAUCUUUCGAACUAGCAAUGGCCGUGGCUGGGGUGUGAAAACCCUUGUGAAGAUUAAAAGGAUGAGUUUUGUCAUGGAGUAUGUUGGAGAGGUAAUCACAAGUGAAGAAGCCGAAAGACGCGGACAGCUGUAUGACAACAAAGGAAUCACAUAUCUCUUUGAUCUGGACUAUGAAUCCGAUGAAUUCACGGUGGAUGCAGCUCGAUACGGAAACAUUUCCCAUUUUGUGAAUCACAGUUGUGACCCAAAUCUUCAGGUGUUCAAUGUUUUCAUCGACAACCUUGAUACUCGUCUUCCCCGAAUUGCAUUAUUUUCCACAAGGACCAUAAAUGCGGGAGAAGAGCUGACUUUUGAUUAUCAAAUGAAAGGUUCUGGAGAUAUAUCUUCAGAUUCUCUUGACCUGAGCCCUGCCAGAAAGAGGGCCAGAACUGUAUGUAAAUGCGGGGCAGUGACCUGCAGGGGUUACCUCAACUGAAACUUCAGGAAGUAGGCCUGAUGAGAACUAUAUCUUUUUUCUGUAAUGUUACUAUUUAAAGCAUUUGGGAACCUUUGUAUUAUCAAGACUAUACCUGUUAAUCUAUAGUUCAUAUUUCAAGACAUUUGCCAAAAUCAUCACUGUUGAUUCUGAAGAGGACUCAGGGUCACAAAAACUAAUUUCUCAUUUUAAGCAUACAUAUUUGGUGAUUAGAAACCAAACGUGGAAGACAAACGGUUUACAGAUGAACAUGAAUGCUUGGUUUUUGUGGCCAGGGAGGCAGCCCCUUCCAUGGUUGAAGAUGCUAAACUUGUAAGGUUACAGGUGCUGAGAUGCAGCAUUAGCCCUGAUUUCAGAGAAACAGUUGAUCCCAUUUGUGAAGAUAAACACAUUCUGUUUUUAUCACUAGGUUGUUAUUCCUGUUGAAUACUUGCUUAUCUUACACACACAUUUGAACAAAUAGGCAAUGCUGAAUUUUUUAUACUUUUUCCUUAAAAACAUUGGCAUUUCAAUUAUAUGUACAAGGUAUAAAAUUAAAUGUAAAAUGUUUAAGCCUGAUUUCGUAGCUUGAAGCAAUCUAUAGGUUCAUCAUCUGAACCUAUAAUUCUCCAAAGAUAUUUUGAUCCUAUAAAAGUAAAGAAAAUCCCUGAAAAUUAAAAACAAAGAACAAACCCUCUCUGAAAGUUCAGAAUGAGUGGACACAAAACUUCCUUAAAAGGGAAGGACCAUGGGACCAGGAGGACUUUUUUGGUAUCACAGGCAAGAGAAAUGGAAUUCUUUAAAGUGCCACUUACAAGGAGAAUGUUGUUGAACACCUCUGCUCCCAACAGUACAAGGAGAUAUUUAGGGAGCUACAACACCCAGCAGUCAAGUUACACCACUGACCUGACCUUCCGUGUCAGGAAGGCUCACGCCUCCUUUCCACACAACUAUUUUUAUAUUUCCUGUGGAUUCUUCUUAAAAAGUAUACUUGAAUGAGCAUAUUUCGAUGUAAUAAAGCUAAACUUGGCUGAAGUAUGUACCGGAAUUGAGAUCUUUUAUUAGUUGACCUGUAAAAACUGAAAUCAGAUUUUCCUUACUAUACUGUAAGAACUCAAUAGGAAAGAACCAUCUGCAGCUUUGAUUUUGGAAUUUCUAAUCAUGGUGUCCAACAAGAAAAUACAUGUGGCAAAUA